CUCACACGACGAUUGAUUGAACCCCACCAUCGCACCGCACGCCCCAUAGUCACAUCACAUGCAGCCAUAGCACAGGCAGACGUGCCAUGUAUGUAUGUUUGUUCGUGUGUAUGCUACAAUCAAUCAACACAGCCGGAAUGGACUGGACUUGCCCCCCGAACGACUCUCUCGCUCACCCACUGCAUCGCAGCAGCCACACAGACAGUCAGACAAUCAGACAGACAGACAGACAGGUAGCCACAGAAGAAGUCGGUCGGUGUGAGGCAAGCAAGGAAGGAAGACGGAACCAUCGACAAAACACAUACACACAGGAUCGUAUGGACACACACGGGAGAGCUGAUGCGUCUCCGUAGGAAACGGGUCCGACUUCGCGUUGGACGGACACGAAAUCCCAUCCGUCGGCUACGGGCACAUCAGCUCUCGCGUGUGUGGUCGGCCUAAGAUCCUUCCGAAUGGCACACGCGUGCACACGGUCAGCCAAGGGCAGCCAGGCAGGCAUGCUGGUUCUGUAGCAGCAGCUGUUCCUGCUACCGGUGCCCCGCCCCACAUAACUCCCCUCACCAACGGCCAAAACUGUCCCCAAUCAAGUCAGCGCAAAAUUAAUGCCCUUUGUCUACGAUUCACCGAGAACAGCACAGCCCAAGCAGAGAAGGAGGAAAGGCAAGACGACCAGACACAUGGAGAGAGAGACUGCUCUGGCUUGGCUUGCUCAUCAUUGUGUUCCUCUCCCCUCCCCUCCCCCCUCUCUGCUUAAACCGUGCUGAUGAAUGGAGCAUGACAGAGUAUCGACACAGACAGACAGACAGACAGGCAGACAGACAGCUAGACGUGCAGGUAGGCAUGUCUAUGCAAAUGUGGCAUGUCGCUCACGCCGUGAUGCACCGACGUACUAAUUCCUCGACCACAAAGGCUGCUGACAGCCCUAUCGUCCCCACACACACGGACUCGCUCACAAAACCCCCGCUCUCUCCCUCGGCCGACGCGGCGCGUCGUCGGAUGUCACUGUAUGCCACAAGCCCAGGCACAAGACCAAACUGCACACACACACACAAACAACAGACAGACAGACAGACAGACAACACACAGCAUAUGUCAUCCCGUUGUGUGUCCACUUCACUCACGACACUCUCGUACCAGUAUUGGGUCGCAGAAAGCCCCAGCGAGGUCCAGUGCCCGACCAAACACGUCCUCUUCGCCACAGGCCAAAACCGCCAGGAGAGGUGGCACCAGGCUCCACCCAUACAGCUGCGAGCGAGACGGCUCGGUAGCUGAGCCGCCGCUGCCGUUGCGGCGGACGAGGCGCCACACGGCUGCGGGCAGUAGAGCGAGCCGGGAGCUGCUUGAGGGAGGGAGAGGCAGCAGCCGGGAGAACUCGCUGCUGUCGUGUUGUGGCCGGUGCUUGGAGGAUAAGCUGUCGAGUGACGCCAUUUGUCGGAUGGUGUCGACUUGCGAGAGUACGCAGCCGAGGAAGGACGUGAGGAUGGCAGCGAGCGAGAAACUGAGCACCAGAGGGCCGCCGCCAGGGACACCACCUGCAUUGCAACCAACCACACAACACACGGAGAGAGAGGGAUAGAGAGACGCGAGUAUGGACCUAUGCUGCCGGUGCCACCCACCCUCCCUCCCUCCCUCUCACGUACUUACCCAUAAAGGCGACUAGGACCUCCGUCACUGUCGCCGCCGCGGGUGACGCGUCGUCGGCCAGCCCCUCACCGUACAGCGACAGCCCCUCCUUGAGAUUCCUCGCCAGUGGUGAGGAUAAGAACACCGUCUCCCACAUCAGAUACAUCAGCAGAGGGAUGCCAGAGCCGAUGAUGAGGGACCACCGCAGCUUGGAGGACAUUUCCUCGUCUGCCGCGCCUUGUGGCUGGGUGUGGGGAGCGUCCGUGGGUGUGAGGGCCGCCGAUUGGCGCGCUUUUUGUUUGAAGCGCCACACGAGCGCGGGAACAACUGGUUGGAACGUCAUGGCGACCUGAACAAAACCACACAAUGACAAAGGCAGGUAGUGUGGUGGCUGGGUAACUUGCCUGCAGGACGGGCAGAGCACGCGGCACAGCAGUGAUGUCCCCGAAAAGCACCGGGUCAUCCAGCCGCGUCGCCCCGAUCAGGAGAAUGGCAGCGAACGCCACCAACGCCCCAACCAGCACGGUGCUAUUGACCUUGUCAAGCAGAGCGUCGCUCUUGAAGGCAGCGCCGCCAACGAGCACGGCAAACAGCACCUCUCCCAUUGUCUUGGGCACACCAGCCAGUGCAGCCACCGUGCCGCCCGCCUCGCCGAUGUAAGCCACCAAACACAAGAAGUUGAGCACCUGCGAAGAGGGCGCACGCAGGAGACACACAGACAGACAGACAGACAGACAGAGAAAGAAAGAAAAAAGAAAGAAAUAAAGAAAUAAAGAAAUAAAGAGAGAGCAUCGAUACAUCCGCAGGUGAGCACAGUUGAGCACCAGAUAUAGGGCCGUGUAGAGGGAGGCUGCUGACCCGCCGAAGCGGCGCUGAACAGCGGCGAGAAGGCCGAUGGCUUCCUCGUUCGCAGGGGACGAUUGGCUGCUGUUGAGGCCCUUCAUGGAUGUGUCGGCUAUCAGCAACGCACCCGUGAUGGCGUAGAGCCAGAGGCCAAUCAGCAGCGCAGCACUAGGCAUCAGACCGGUUUCGAGAGUGUUCAGAGGCAGGGCCAGUAUGCCCGCUCCCACCAUACUCCCUCCUGUCACUCCGGCUGCAGACAGAACGUCGCUAUCAAGACGUGGGAGUCUGACGCCUUCGGCGCCGGACACACGGGGUGGACGGGGUGGACUUGAAGCGACACUCUCGUCGUGUUCCAACGGGCUCGGGGGUUGCCUGACAACCCUCAGUGGCGGCGCCGAUCUCCGUACAGCAGGCAGUUGUGUGUGUCGAGAGGGCUGCAGGAAGGACGGUCUGCUGGCGGCUGUGCCAUCUGCAAGAAGGGGGAUGAGAGUCGCUGCGAGGACGCCUCGUCUCUUCAGCCACAUCUCUUCAGCAGCUGUGACGAGAUACCGGCACGGUGGCGCCUGGGAUGCAGAUGCAGCGUAGUUGCGGUCCUUCAGCCUGCCUGCCUGCCUGCCUCCCUGCCUGUCAGAUCUUUGGAAACAGC